AUGCUUGUCACUGGUCCCAACACUGGUAUAACGGACACAAUAAGUGCCACGAUAUCUAACAGUGCGCUCAAUAUACCCCUCUUGUGUCUAUCGGCCGGACCGGCGGCGGUGUCUCUCACCGAUCGAACCCAUUCGUUGACUCUGUCCGGCAAAGAGGUCUCUCGUUUGGUCUCCCAAUCCAUAGCCAUAGCCACCGACGCGAUCGUCACCAAUAAUAAGGCCAAUAAGCGUUAUGUAGACAAUGGUGUGAUUGAGAAAUCCAUAGCCAUAGCCACCGACGCGAUCGUCACCAAUAAUAAGGCCAAUAGUAAAUACAUAAAUCACAAAAAUCAUUAUCAUUCAAAUACAAUGAACGUGUUUCGGCACAUCGAGGGCAAUUUUAAUACAACCCAAUCGCACCAAUGGAUGACCGAUCACUGGCACAUCUCUGUCUACCUGUCCAUCGCAUACCUGUGUGUGAUAUAUGGCCUCAAACUUCAAAUGCAAAACCGAAAACCUCUCGAUAUAAACGGAUAUCUGUUUGCGUGGAAUGCAUUCCUAACCAUAUUCUCAACAAUAGGUACUCUCAGAGCCGUCGACGAGAUGUCACACGUGUUGGGAAACCACGGCUUGAAGUAUAGUAUAUGCAGUAAAGAGUAUCACACCUACGGAUCGGGUCUCUGGGGGUUUCUGUUCUCGUUUUCAAAGAGUUUUGAAUUGUUUGACACCGUAUUUCUGGUGCUGCGAAAACGGCCGGUCAUUUUGUUGCACUGGUACCAUCACGUGACCGUGCUCAUGUUUUGCUGGUGGUCGUACUCGCUCAAUUCAAGCACCGGCCGGUGGUUUACUUUUGUCAACUAUACCGUACACAUGUUUAUGUACGCCUAUUACACCCUACAGUCGGUGGGCGUUAAAGUGCCCUCCGUUUUAGCCAAAGCCAUAACAAUGGGCCAAAUAUUUCAAAUGAUUUUUGGUUUAUUCAUUAACUUAGCGUCGAUUGUAUUGAAAUUGUUUGACAGCGAGUGCGGCGUCGACUAUAAAUACAUUGCCAUUUCUCUAGCGAUGUACGGCUCGUAUUAUUAUUUAUUUUAUCAGUUUUUCAAUAAUAGAAAGCCCCUCGAAAUAAGCGGAUAUCUGUUUAUAUGGAAUGCAUUCCUAACCCUAUUCUCAAUUGUGGGUACUUUCAGAUUAUUAGAUGAAAUGCAAUACCGAUUGGUAAACCAUGGCUUUGGCUUCAGUAUAUGCAGCCAAGAAUAUCACACCCAGGGAUCGGGUCUCUGGAUAUUUUUGUUCAUAUUCUCAAAGAGUUUUGAAUUGUUGGACACUGUGUUUCUGGUGCUGCGGAAACGGCCGGUAAUAUUUUUGCACUGGUACCAUCACGUGACCGUGCUCAUGUUUUGCUGGUGGUCCUACGCUCUCAAUGCCAGCACUGGCCGGUGGUAUGCGUUUGUCAACUAUAUUAUCCACUCAAUUAUGUACGCCUAUUACGCCCUGCAGUCGGUGCAGGUGAAGGUGCCCUCAGCACUGACCAAAACCAUAACAAUCGGCCAAAUAUUACAAAUGUUUUUCGGUUUAUUCAUUACUUUAAUGUCAUUUGCAUUAAAAUUUUAUGGCAACGACUGUGGCGUUAACUAUGAUUACGUCGGCAAAUGGUUUGUCCAAAACUGGCACAUCUCGGUCUACCUGUCCAUCGCAUACGUGUGUGUCAUAUAUGUACUAAAACUCUGGAUGCGAAACAAAAACGCUUUUAAAUUAAACGUCUAUCUUAUAUGCAGUCAAGAAUAUCACACCCAGGGAUCGGGUCUCUGGAUAUUUUUGUUCAUAUUCUCGAAGAGUUUUGAACUGUUGGACACUAUAUUCCUGGUGUUGCGAAAAAAGCCCGUAAUGUUGCUGCACUGGUACCAUCACGUGACCGUGCUCAUAUUUUGCUGGUGGUCUUACUCUCUCUACGCCGGCACCGGGUUUUGGUAUGCGUUUGUCAACUAUACCGUACACUCAUUUAUGUACACCUAUUACGCCCUGCAGUCGAUGAAUGUGAGAGUGCCCUCCGCUCUCUCCAAAGCCAUAACAAUCGGCCAAAUAUUUCAAAUGUUUUUCGGUUUAUUCAUUACUUUAAUGUCAUUUGUAUUGAAAUUUUAUGGCAACGGCUGUGGCGUUAGCUAUGAUUACGUCGGCGUUUCCAUCGCUCUCUACGGCUCGUAUUUCUAUCUGUUUUAUCAGUUUUUUAAGAAUAGGGGACUCGAAGAGAUUCAAUACCGGUUGGAAAACCAUGGCUUCUGGUAUAGUAUAUGCAGCCAAGACUAUCACACACCGACUAUUGGUUUGUGGGGUUUCCUAUUUAUAAUGUCAAAGAGUGUGGAACUGUUGGACACCCUAUUUCUGGUGCUAAAAAAACGGCCGGUCAUAUUGUUGCACUGGUACCAUCACGUGACCGUGCUCAUGUUUUGCUGGUGGUCGUACUCGCUGAAUGCCAGUACAGCCCGAUGGUUUGCGUUUGUCAAUUAUACCGUACACUCAUUUAUGUACGCCUAUUACACCCUGCAGUCGGUGCAGGUGAAGGUGCCCUCAGCUCUGACCAAAAUCAUAACAAUCGGCCAAAUAUUUCAAAUUUUUAUGGAAACGGAUGUGGCGUUAGUUUUAAACACAUUGCAGUUUCUAUCGCUCUCUACGGCUCCUGUAUUCUCAACAAUAGGGACUAUCAGAUGUGGUGAAGAGAUUUAUUAUCGGUUAGUAAACUACGGCUUUGGGUAUAGUAUAUGCCACAAAGAUCUGCACACCCUCCGUGCGGGUCUGUGGGGACUACUGUUCACACUAUCAAAAAGUAUUGAACUGUUGGACACUGUGUUUCUGGUGUUGCGAAAAAAGCCCGUGAUGUUUUUGCACUGGUACCAUCACGUGACCGUGCUCAUGUUCGCCUGGUGGACGUAUUCUUUCAUGGGCAGUACAGGCCGAUGGUUUGCGUUUGUUAAUUAUACGGUCCACUCGUUUAUGUACUCGUAUUACGCGCUGCAAGCGGUGCGGGUGAGAGUGCCCUCCGUUUUGGCCAAAACAAUAACAAUCGUUCAAAUAUUGCAAAUGUUUUUCGGCUGUGGCGUUAGCUUUGAACACAUCGGUGUUUCACUAACCAUAUAUGGC